ACAGGUUAUACUGACUAGAUGUUUGCAUGAAUGUAAUUUUGUUUAAUAAUCAAAACAGUUUAAUAUCGUUUUUAUUGAAUGAAAUUUAUAUUGACGACCUAGACAUUAAAAAUGGUAUACAAUAACUCAGAUAAUGGAACAAUUACCAACGAAAGCGUCGAAUUCUACAAUGAAUAUUAUUAUGAUGAGGAGGACAUUUCUUCAUAUAAGCCAUACGAAGAAGCUGCCGCUACAAUUCUCUUUCUUCUGUUCACAAUUAUUGUUUGUCUGAAUGGAUUUGUGGUUUUCAUCCUCGUCUUUAAGAAACAAAAAAAAGAGUCGCCUCUUUUAUUUUGUACUUCAUUUAGCAAUAGCUGAUUUUCUUGUGGGUUUCUGCAGUGUUCUUGGAGAUGGUAUACAUAGUGCAAUGCACAAUGAAUGGUAUGGUGGUGACUUUUGGUGUAGACUAUUUCGUUUCAUUUCACCACUGACUCUUUUUGCUUCCAAUUAUCUUCUGAUUGGCAUGAGUGUAGACAGAUUUCUGGCAAUCAAAUAUCCACUGAAUGUUGUUAGAAUAGGUGCAUGGAGGUAUCUUGACAAAAGUAUGGUAUUUGGGGCAUGGCUGUUAAGUUUGUUGGUAUCAAGCUUUUACAUACCCUUCAGUCGAGGAAUCAAUGCAACCCCGGGUGCUGACAAUAUAAAUGAACAAAAGGGUAGUUGUAAUAUAGACAUGCAUGAAAGCUGGUGGAAGGCAUAUGCUUUAACAGCUGCAAUGAUAAUCUAUGUGCUACCAACAAUCGUGAUAACAGGGUGUUAUGUGGGUAUAUGUGUCGUUGUCUGGAUGAAAUGGCGUUCAAGACUAAAAUUAUCGGAGAUAGACAUCAGUGAAAGCAGUGAUCGACUUCAUGGUGAUAGAUCAUUAAGCGAAGGACUCCUACCAAGAGCUAAGAUAAAGAGCAUUAAAAUGACAAUGGUCGUGUGUUUGGCUUUCUUUUUAUGCUGGACGCCAUAUUUCGUAGAAAUGUUAGUGACGAUCUUUAACCCAUAUAAAAUUGGAACGAAAGCUCAUCUGAUAUUUGGCUGUCUAUACCCACUAAACAGUGCCUGUAAUCCUCUUAUAUUCAUGCUAUUUAAUCGCAAACUGUUCACUUGCGGGCAAAAAGACCAGCAGGCUGUUCAAUCGUAUGAAGGCAUGAGCACACAAGUGACGUCAACGUGAAUAGGCGCGUCCCUCUGGGUAGUCACUCAGAUCCUACAUGUUCGAAAACGAGAUCAGCUGAAUUGAGAAACAGAAAUGAAUACAAUUUAUAUUAACGUAUCGCAACGUUUAUUUUUGAGUAGAAUAGAAAUGUCAAAAAGGGCUUUGUGUCAUAGAUUUAUGACUAACCAAAACAUUUUUCCAUUGCAACUUGCAAAGACUCGCGUGCCUGUAGUAACAUACGCAAAAUAGUGAAUGUUGCCAAUGCGAAUGUUCAAAUAAUGCUACAAUUGAAGGACACUAUACAUGUUUAUGUAACAUAAGCAGAAACAGUCUCACAAAAAUUCAAAACAGCAAUAUUCUAUUUCAUUUUGUUAAAGAAAUCUAAAAUAGGGCUUUUAUAAAAAAAAAACAAAAAUUUUAUGAAUAUGAAUAUGUUAUUUUGAUGAAAAUCAAAUUGUUUUACAUGUUUUAUUGUUUAAUAGAAAAUUUUACGACUUCAAACACCAGUGGAUCUUCAUAAAACGAAUAAAGUUUUGGUUAUCAUCACAAAAGUAUAGUUGCUGAUUUCUACCAUGUCCUAACUUUAUCAUGUCGCAGUUGAAUUGGCGACAACACAAAAUCACGAAAUAACAACAAGAAUAUAUUUAUCGUUUUGCCGCACUGUUUUUAUCGUUUCGUUGUUACUUUAUGUCGAUGCCCUUAAAACUGAACAUCAUGACAACAUAAAAAUAUGAAAGCCCGAUACGUGUUAAACAGUUUCAAGUUGUAUUUGAAAUAUUAUUAUUCAUUAAUUUUCUUCAGAACAUGUUAUGAAUUGUUAAGCCUUUAUCUUACCAUUUACACAUAUGACGUUAUGUAUAUACAAUUGUCAGUAUAGAUAUAGUUGAUAAAUAAUUAGCGAAAAUAUAAAUAUCAGAUUUUUCUGGUUUCUUCCUAAUCUAGCCUACCGUAAGGUUUAGUUUUGCUAGAUAUUGAAAUAUAUAGUACCAGCGAGAAGAUCUUUCACAAGAUACUGACAAUUAUCUUCAUUGCUUUAUAAAAUACCUUUUUUUUACGGCGCAUUAACACAGUUGGGGGCCAAAAGGCCAAAAAUGAUUAUUCUACUAACCUCGGGUGUCACAAACUGAAAGCAGCACCAGGGUCCAACUGCUGGAGAUAAAAGAUGCAUAGACUCCAAUAAUUCGAACCCGUUUAGGCUCUUUCGAUCACGAAUAACGGUAGCUGUAUUUAUGUAAAUAACAGAUAUAAUGGUUCAUGCAUAUACCGGGGAAAAAGUUUGGCCUUGUGUUGGCAGAUUGAAUUUAUCUUUCUGUUAGAUUAGAAGUGUAUGCGAAAUGUAUUUUUUAAUGUAAACAUAUUAUAUUUUUGUAUCAAUAGAUCCAUAAAUAAUCGUUAUUCAAUAAAUUUUAUACGCCAUGUACAUUGUAGUGUAAAAAAUUUAAUUGUAUAUUAAAUAUAUUGACUUUUUUCUGUUUUUUUUUAUUAUUAUUGUCAGAUUACUAUUUUACUCAUUUUUGACUGUAUACAUUUCAUGAUUAUAUGUUAAAAAGAUUUCACCACACCAGUGUCCGUAAAAUAAAAUGUCACAAAACAUUUGAAGUU